AUGACCAACGACGUUUCAUCCUUCAAUAGUGUUCCUCAAGCACCUCCUGAUGUUAUCUUCAACUUGACGGCUCAAUACAAGGCCGAUACGGAUGCCAACAAGAUCAAUGUGGGUGUAGGUGCCUUUCGUACGGAUGAAUUGAAGCCCUAUGUGUUGCCUGUGGUUAAGAAGGCGGAUGCUAUCCUAUUCAAAAACGAUAGUCUGGACCAUGAAUACUUGCCCAUUACUGGUACUCCAUCAUAUACCCAAGCAGCAGCCCGCCUGAUUUUGGGUGCUGACUCUCCAGCCAUUAAGGAAGGUCGUGUGGCUGCCAUCCAAACCAUCUCUGGUACAGGUGCCAAUCAUACGGGUGCUGUUUUCCUCUCGCAGUUUUACAAAAAUAGCAACGAAUGCUACAUUUCGAAACCAACGUGGGCCAACCAUCGCAACAUCUUCACAAUGGCAGGGUUCCAAGUCAAGGAGUAUCCCUAUUGGAAUGCUGAACGACGUGGUUUGGAUUAUGAAGCCAUGUUACAAACAAUGGAGCAAGCACCCAAUGGCAGCAUCUUCGUAUUGCAUGCAUGCGCACAUAAUCCUACAGGUGUUGAUCCUACUCAAGAACAAUGGAAAGGCAUUGCUGAAGUGAUGGAACGCAAGGGCCACUUCCCAUUCUUUGAUUGUGCCUACCAAGGCUUUGCAUCAGGUGAUUUGGAUCGUGAUGCAUGGGCGGUGCGUUACUUUGUGGAGCGUGGAUUUGAACUCUUUGUUGCACAAUCGUUUGCAAAGAACUUUGGUCUAUAUGGCGAACGUGCUGGUAACUUGACGGUGGUAUCCAAGCAUGCUGAACAAGUGCGAUCUCAAAUUGAAAAGCUCCAGCGUGCCGAGAUUUCCAAUCCACCUGCUUAUGGUUCACGUAUCGUUGACAUUGUAUUGAAUGAUCCCAUGUUGUAUGGCGAAUGGAAGGAGAAUCUUAGCUACAUGUCUAAUCGUAUCAUCGACAUGCGCAAGGCGCUACGUGAGCGUCUCGAACAAUUGCAGACCCCUGGCACGUGGCAUCACAUUACCGAUCAAAUCGGCAUGUUUUCUUUUACUGGUCUCAACGCCGCUCAAGUUAAGGUCCUCAAAGAAAAGUAUCAUAUUUACAUGACCGACAAUGGUCGUAUUUCCAUGGCUGGUCUCUCGACUACCAAUGUUGAUUACUUUGCCAAGGCCGUUGACGACGUUGUUCGUAACGUUCAUUAA